AUGGCCCCCGCCACCACGAUAUUCCGCGUCUUCGCAUUAUCUGCAGCUUUGAGCCAAGCUGCUGCAUCCUUCAGCCUCAACAUUUCCGGUCCUAGCUGGGACUAUACCACCAAGGACCUGGCAGACACCACUUCCCAGGCAUGCAAGGAUGCCUACAGCGCCAAUAUCGACUGUGAUGAAACUCUUCUCAAGCUCGUGGCGUCUUUGGACAUAAACUUCCACCCGGAUAAUUCGGACUUGCGACAAACUUGCACCACGACCUGUAAAGACUCACUGGACGAUUAUGUCAAGAAUGUUAAGGCUACUUGUGACAAGGAUGGCGAUCUAGCCGGUCUUGAUAACGGGAGAUCUCUUGAUUUCUCAGUUCCUGUUUCUACUGUUGGUGAGGUCUUUCAGUAUAUGUAUGGCCGAGGCUGUGCGAUGAAUGGAACCGAUUACUGCUACCCAACCUUCGCCGAAAGCGAUAGCUGGGGUAGCGAGGAUUUCUCAUGCAGCGACAACUGUGCAAUGAAGUUCAUGCAAAACGCUCACAACCAACCUGGCUCUGGAUACUUCUUCUUCUACUUUUCCCUCAGCACCCAGUCCUCGUGGUGGGAAGACGUCUUUGCGGGUGGUUGGAAGACUGUUGUUAAAUGCGGCAAGGGUGGAAGUGGAAGCGAUGCAAGCUCCGUCAGUUCGAGCGUAAGCUCGUCAAAGACUGAUUCUGUUGACCUUUCAUCUUCAUCUUCAACCAGUCUAAUUAAUGGCAAAUCUGCCGUUUCUGCGACUUCGACUUCGACUGCGACUGUGAUGAGUACUAGUACUGCUCCUGCUCAUUCGGCUACGGCUACUAGUGGUGCUUCGAGGCUUAGGAUUCUCUUCUUUUAG